CCACUCACAAUGGAGCAACACAAUGUCAUCGGGGAGACUCUGAAAGUCCUGGCUCCCUUCAAUGACGCUACUGUGGAGCUGUCUGAGGAGAAGAGAGUGUCAGGAUCGAAGAGCAGAGUGUGCUGCAAUUGUAAGGGCCACAACACCGACCUCCUCUGCUGCCUCCUCCUCUUCCCCCUGCUCCAGCUCCCCAUCAUCCCCAACCAUACCAGAGGCUCCUCACUCUACAAGUAAAGGCAGCAAACUGUGGCAGCGGUUUGACAAGAAUGCCAGUCAAACACGCUCCAGCUGCACGGCAGACUCCAUUGUGGAGGUGAAAAUGUACCUCGCAGAGCCUAACAUUCGUAGACAUGAUGAUCCCCUCCGCUAUUGGGGGGACAAACAAAUGAUAUACCCACACUUGUACACUUUGGCAAAAAAAUACCUGUGUACCCCCACCUCAUCUGUCCCAUGUGAAAGGGUUUUUUCAAAGGCGGGGGAAAUUCUGUCCAAGAAAAGAAAUAGACUAAGUCCAAAAACACACUGCUUGUCUCUGUGUCAGAGCUUGUCUCCAAGCCAGACAUGA